GAGUGAAGGGUUUUGCAAGAAUUGUAUAAUGUUUUUGGUGGCUAGUGUGUAUAGUUUUGCAAAAAAAAAUAGCCUAUAGUUUCAAAGAUAGUGCCUAAGCAAUCAGAAAAAACUGUAAUGGCAAGAGUUGUGGAACAGGGAGGGAAAGGGAAGACACCUGUAUAAGAUCCACGAAAAUGUGGGGGAGGUCCUCGGGUCAACAGAGAAGGGAGGAAGACAUCAUCACAAGACUGAAACUGGGAAACACAAGGCUCAACAGCACUUUACAAUUAGGGAAACAAUCCGACUGGGAAGUGUGAUCAAUGCCAGGAGAUGGAGACAGUGGAACACAUCCUAUUUCAGUGACAGCGAUAUGGGAGGGAACGGGACAGUUUUAUUAGUAGGAAUAAUGGCAUUGAACAGCCUAGUUUAAUUUAAUUGUUAAGAAAACCUUAAGGUGAUAUUGUAGUCAAUGAUGUAUUCCGAUAGGGAGAAUUGUUAAAUUGGGUAGGAUUCAACUUCAGACCUUAUCCAUCUCUGGUCCACAGUCCAGUAGGUGGCGGUAAUGCAUCACUAAAUUUGGUUGUCGAACGCGAUUUACAAACCACUGAAGAAGUGUACACAGAAGUGACCAAUAAUUUUCACUUUAGCGUUUUUGUUGUUAUUUAGACGUUUAUUAACACCCUCUAACUCGAAAUAUGACUCAUUUAACUACACAGCAUCACAUACUUACCCCAGGUAGUUUUUAAUUAGCGUUGGGGACAGGACUUGAUGGAUAGAUCUGUUAAUAGGUAACUAACGCUAGCUAGCUGCUAACAAUGGCUAACUGUAUGGUUUUUCACACUCAAAUAGCCUCCAUCAUGGAGGUUCUAGCGAAUGCAGCCGUGUCAGAGAUCUGUAAACUCGUAGACGACGACUAUGCAGUGUGUCGUUUGGAAAUAACUCAAAGCCAGAAAGAAAACAGGACAUUGCGGAGAAAACUACUAGAACUGAAGGUGGCACGGGGGCGCGCAGAGAGGACAACGCGAGAGCGCGUCCUCGGCAAUCGUCCCAAUAGCGUCAAGAUCCUCGAUCGAUACAGAGGAAUGGCAAGAGGUGAAGGACAUCUCACUGGAGGUCACAGGAGCUUUGUGAAGCCAGCGAGACACAAUAUAUGGAGAGAUGACCAACCAAUCACUGUUGAUGAGGAGAGUGGAACCUCAACCCAGCACGUUAUUAUGAUAGAGGCUGCAGAUGCAGAGGCUGUAGGUCCUGGGGUCAAGCAGGAGAGGUCUGAAGGAGAAGAGGACCCACGACAACGCAGAGACAUCCAGACUGGAACGGCUGGAGAGCCCCCUGUAGCCACGGAGGACCUCGCCACCCAGCCCAGGACCCGAUGCAGCAUCACGGAGGAGGAGGAGGGUCCAGGGGUGCUGCUGGUGAAGGAGGAGGGGUGUGAGGAGGGUCUGGGGAACACUGAGGGGACCAUGGUCAUGGAGGACAACCAGACUACACCUCCUCCUGAACCCACAGAUGAACCAGCUAAGCAGCACAGGACCACACACAGUCUCACUGAGUCAGUACACAUGGAGGAUGGGAAGAUUGAUCUGCUGUUAGUUAAAGAGGAGACAAUAGAAGACGGACCAGAGAGCAUUGAUCUGCUGAGUGGACUAAAGAUGGGGGAGCAAGGUGGUUGGUUGGAGGCUAACAGAGGAGACUGGGCAGCCAUCUUGGUAUCCCAGACGGCUGCAUCCAAGGGCCCGGGAGUCGACAUCACCAAGCAGGCCAAGACCAGAGAUGACAUAGUGGAGGUCAGUGGAUGGGACAGCGUCCUCAACUCUGGGCUGGUGAACAACACUGUUAACCACAACCAGAAACAGACGGUCGAACACAAAACAACAACCAAACGUAGUCUCCAUGACAACAGACUGGCUGAGACCAGGGCGAGGCGUAGAGUUGGUCUGCGGGGACGAGGAGGUGUCCCUAUGUGGCGGGAGAGAACAGACACAAACUCGGCUAACGAUGCUCCAUCCUGCUCCUAUAGUUGUGAUUCAGAGAGACUGAUGGGGCCUCAGGUUAACCCCCUAACAGGUGCUGCCUUCAGCCUGCCUUCUAUAGGAUCUAUUAACUGGAACAUGGACCCUGCGACAACACAGACACUCCCUGGCCUUCGGCCUCACACUCUCCUAAUGUUAAACCAGACCUCAGACAAUGCCAGUGCCUCAACACUAAAUGGCUACACAAGCUCAUUGACAAAUGACAUUAUUGGAGAUGGAAUCUGUGGGAAAGCCUUCAGUUUCCCCAAACAGGUGGAGAUCCACCAGAGGAUUCACACGGUGGAGAAACCAUUCGGCUGCCAACUAUGCCGGGCCAGUUUCUCACAUUCAUUCAACUUAAAGAGGCACCAAAGAGUCCACACAGGGGAGAAACCCUUCAGCUGCCCCCAGUGUGAGAAAAGGUUCUCACACCAGCACCAGCUGAAGAUGCACCUGAAGGUCCACACGGGAGAGAGGCCAUUCGCCUGUACACACUGCGGGAAGAGGUUCUCAGAGAGGAGCUACCUCAGGAUACACCAGCAGAAAAUGCACACAGCCCGAGUAUAAUAACAUAUCUUUUAAGAACAUCAUUUGAGGAGUCUCCUGAAGCAUGAGAGGAAUGGGAGCUAGAGGAAUCCACGAGUGCUGAGG